UAGAAAAUAUCACCAAAAUAAGGCAAAUUUUAUUAAUAAUAAUUACAUUUGUUAUUGAGUAAAAAUACAAAAAUGAGUAGGUUUUUUAAACUUUAAAAUGUUCAAACUUUCUUUUUUAGCUUAAAAAAUAAGUAGCAACAAAAGAAGGAAAUUCAAAAAAGCCCUUAGGAAUCUAAAAAUCUGUUUUAGCAAGCUUAGCAACUGCACAAACAAAAUUAAUUUGAAGAAGCCAUCUUCUACUAUAGUAAAUCUAUCAAAUUAGAUGAAAAGAACAUAGUGCCAUACUUUUAUAUGGGUCAUGCCUACUAAAAGCUUUAGAAUCAUAAGCAGGCAAUCGACUGUUUUUAAAAAUAUUUAGAAAACAAGCCAAAAGAAACAGCCACAUAUAAAUAUAUUGGAUAAUCUUUCUUGAAUAUGAGUAAUUUUGAGAGUGCAAUCAAAUGUUUUCUCUUAGCAUUGAAAUCAUCUCCAGAUGACCCUCUGCUUUAUUACAAUUUAGCAAUAGCCUAUGAAGGUUAAUCAGAAUAAAAAUAAAACAAUGAAGACAUUGAUAAAGCCAUAAUGCUUUACCAAAAGUCAAUUUUACUAGACAAGAAUCUUAAAGAGUCAUUUAACAAUUUAGGAAGCAUUUAUUUGCAAAAGAAAGAUUAUAAUUAAGCCAUUUAAAAUUUUGAAAAAGCUAUUGAAAUAGACAAUUCUUUCUCAAAUGCUUACUUCAAUUUAUCAUAAGCAUAUGCUAAUUAGUAGAAAUACUAAGAAGCCCUUAUUCCAUUAGAAAAGGCUAAGAAUUUAGACCCAGAAAAUGGCUAAAUUUACUAUAACUUAGCAUUUUUGUAUAGCAAGUUAGAUAAUGAAUAAAAAGCAAAAGAAUAUUUAGAAAUUAGUAAAUAAUUGCUAGGAUAAGAGAAUGAAAAUUAAUGA